AUGCUUCGAAUCAAACGCGAUCCACUCACAUCUGUUGUUCUCGAACAACAACAACAACAACAAGAGUAUGUACCUUUGAAGCGAGUGAACGUCGAAGCAACAAUUCGUGCAUUUGCUGCCGACGUAACUAUUACACAAGUAUUUCGCAAUGAUGAAACGACACCGAUCGAAGCGGUCUAUUGUUUUCCAAUCGAAGAACAAGCGGCGAUCUAUACAUUUGUAGCUCGGAUUGAUGAUCGAGAAAUCAGUGCUCAAUUGAAAGAGAAGAAAGAAGCACAAAGGGAUUACAACAAUGCUUUGCAACAAGGCGACGGAGCCUAUCUAUUGGAACAAGACGAAAAGUCUCAAGACAAUUUUAUAAUCAAUGUCGGUGCUUUGCCACCAUCGAAAGAAUGCACAAUUACCAUUAGUUACAUCACAGAAUUAGAUCUUGUUCAAGGAUCUACCAUUCGAUUUGUCGUUCCUACAACAAUUGCACCGCGUUACAAUCCCGACAAAGGUAGCAUUGCAUUGCCACUCAACACUACUUCUAAAUAUGCUCAAUCAACUCCGUAUACAAUUGAUUUUCGCUGUUACAUUGAAAAAACACUUGGAUCGCGGCCAGAACAAAUUACUCGAGUUAAUUCAUCAUCGCAUCCGAUCGAAAUCAAUCUUGCGCAACAAGAUGCUUAUGUCGUAACAUUCGCUCAGCAAAAUACUCAUUUAGAUCGUGAUAUUCUGAUUAAUAUUGAACUUUCCGAUAAAAGAAAUAGUACCAUUAUGGCUGUGGAACCCGGUGCUGUGAUGGCUGCCUUCAUUCCAACGGAAGACGAAUGUCGUCAAGCAUCGAAAAAUGAUUUAACCAACGAAUUUAUUUUUAUCGUCGAUUGUAGUGGAUCAAUGAAGGACGAAAACAAAAUUGGAUUAGCUCGACAAGCCAUGUUACUCUUCCUCAAGAGUUUACCCGUCAAUUGUCAUUUCAAUAUCGUUAGAUUUGGUUCUCAGUACAAGACUCUAUUUAGUGAGAUUACCGCAGUUUACAACGAAACCAAUGCUCAACAAGCUGAAGCACUUAUCCAACAGAUACAAGCAGAUCUCGGUGGCACUGAGUUGUUACGACCUCUGCAAUGGAUUGAAGAACAUUCACCCAGUCAAGGUCGUGCUCGUCAAAUAUUUCUCCUUACCGACGGUGAAAUUUCUAACGUGACAGAAGUGCUUGAUCUCUGUCGUUCAAUGGCCACGUCUACUCGUAUAUUUUCAUUCGGCUUAGGACAAUCGCCAAGUCGAUCGCUAGUAAAAGAUCUCGCUCGUGCGACCAAUGGUCGAUUUGUAUUUAUCCCACCUAAUGCAAGCGUUGAUAUAUACGUCGGAGAACAAUUGCAAAAAGCUCUUCAGCCAUGUAUUACCAAUGUUCAUGUCAAAUGGAAUCUUGGAGUUCCAGUACAGAGUGCUCCGACUCAAUCCCCUCCGGUCUAUGUCAACGAUCGUCUGAUUGUCUACGCACUCAUCGAUGACAAGACAACUCCUUUUGAUCACAAUUCGUCUGUCGAACUACAAACCGAACUCGAUCACCGUUCUCUAGGUGUAGCUAAAGUCGACCAUAUACCGAGUGUGAGCGAUAGCGGAACAAUUGCUCGUCUGGCAGCCAAAGCGCUCAUUCUCCAAUUGCAACAUGCCAAACUACCGUCAUCGAAUACGAAAAGAACGAAAACCGGUUCCACACAAGCACGAUUUCAAGAAUUUCAAGAAACGACGGCAACGAAUGAAGAGAAAAUGAAAACAUCAUUGGAAGAAACGGCCAAACAACGUAUUAUUGCAUUAUCAUUGAAAUAUAAUAUUUUGAGUCCUUAUACAGCAUUUGUUGGAAUCGAGAAACGAAUGAAUGCAAGUAAUAUCGACCUGGUUCUUCGCGAAGUGCCCAUUCAAAUUUCUGGUGACGAUCAACACCUGCAAAUGUUCGGCCGCGGUGCUGGUAGUUCACGUGGACUCGGAUUUGGUGGAGGCGCUCAUAGACAUCGUAAGAUCAUGGCUGGUAAUUGUUACGAACUUAAUUUCAAUGGAUGUCAGCCUCUGCCGAGAUCUUCUAUUGACUCAGCGAGUUUGAUACUAGAAAAUGCCUGUUCAGAUGAUGAGGACGACAUCUUCGCCAACUUAACGUCCAAGAAAGAAAAGAGAAAGUCUUUGGAAAAAGAAACAUGGCCAUCGAAUGAUCAAGACAUCGUUCGACAUUUGAUCAACAAACAAAAAUUUGACGGUCUUUGGUCUCUUGACUCACAAGAUGUUAAGAACUUGACUGGAAAAACACUUGCUGACUUUCUAUCGGAAAAUAGUCAAAUCGAUCAUCAUGUGCUUGUCUCAGCCAUUAUCAUCGCUGUGCUUGAGACACGUUUUGCUGCAUUAACAACGAUGUGGUACGGCGUCGUCCAAAAGGCUCGCAAGUGUCUCACUGAUCUACUAAGAAUAGACUCGAAAAAUCUAGAUCAACUUCUUGAAAAUAUUCGUAAACAAUUUUAA